AAACCGUUGGACAAGAGAGCGUACUUGACAGAAGUUUAAGAGCGUGCAUAAUAACCUAAGUGUAGGGAGGACUGUUUUCAAGUUCAGAAGUUGGAUGAAAAAUAUUUGACACACUUGCCGUUCAUAAGGAAAGCAACUCGUUCCGAGGUGCAGUACACAGCCACUAGGGGGUGAUGUCGGACAGCAGUGGUGCUGCCAACACCAACAGCUGGACUGUCCUCCCACCUGAGGUAAACUUUCCUCCCACCUGUGAGACCGUUGCUGAGACACUGAGGCCUGUAAAGGGAAUAAAGCACCAUGAAGACAAUUCUGCUACAGAGGAACCUGCAGAGAGCAGGCCCUGUGAGGAUGCAUUCUCAGCUCAACACUCUCCUGUGAAGCAACAGCAGGCAUCCUGGGAAAAAGAACCAGAGAAAGGCGGGGGUAACGCUGACCUGCCCCCUGGUUCCAGCCCUGCCACUGAUGAUUCCCAGAGCUCCCUGUUAGAUGUUCCCUCCCUUUCAGGCGCCCACCCAGAAACACACGGCCAAUCCAGUGGCUUCCCUAAGAGUCAGGCUCCCCCGUCCCCUGGCCCCGAUUCAUUCUCUGACUCCUACUCACAUAUUAGCUCCACCCCAGACCUUGAGGAGCAUCCUGCCUCACAACUCACCACUGCGCUACAGGAAGAGGUGGGGCUUGUCCAGGAAGAGGAGGGGCAUACACAGGAUGUACAUUGUGACAAAGGGCUUGGGCAGGGAGUGGAGGAGGCUGAUAUAGAGGUCAAAAAGUCAACAGACUCCCGUCUGGAUGCAGAGGCGGUGGGGGAGGUGGAGGGAGUGUCAGGGUUGAGGAGGAGAAGGGGGUCUCUCCUAGCGGCUGUUGAGCAAAUUGGCAGGGAAGAAGAGGAGGAGGAGGAGGAUGAGGAAGAGGAAGAGUUUAGGAUUCCACAGCCGAGGGAGGUAGAAAACAUGGGCUUUUCUCUAAACAAGUGCAUCCUGGGAGCUGUCAUGUUGCUGGGCCUCGGAACCAUCUUCUUCUCAGGUGUCUUCAUGGACCUGAACGACGAGGGGGACCAUGAUGCCAGGGAGCUGAGAGAUACAGAGGGGCUGGGAAAACAGGAAUGGCUGAAUCCUGAGGUUCCUCCACCUCCUGUAGAUGCUGGCAGUACAGACCAUCUUAAUAAACUGGCUAAAGAAGACCCACAGAUAGCUAUACUGCAAGCCCAACUUCUGGCACAGAAAGAGGAGCUAAAAGUAGCCCAGAAGCAUGCAGAGGAGGAAGCAAAGGAGCGAAAUAAGAGAGAGGAGAUAGAGAAGGAGCACAGUAGGCUGAAGAACGAGAUGGCAUCACUCCCCCUCCUUCAGAAAGAGAAUGAGAAGAUGAAAAAAGAACUGGAGUCUGUUGCUGUCUUACAAAAAGAAGUGGAGACCCUCCGAUCCACCAUGGCUGAGUUAUCACACAUCACAGUCAAGGAAGAAACUCCUCCAACAGUUUCUGCGUCUGUAUCACCCACCUCUGACCAAGCAGGGGAUAACAGCCGGAGUAAGGCGUAUACAAUAGAGAGGGAAGCCAAGAGAUCAGGCACCGCAGAGAAGAGAGGGAAACAUUGGAAGACUGAGAAAACCGAGCAGGGCAAAGACUGGAAUAAGGAUGAGAAAAUGGAAUGGACUGAGGGAGGGAAGAAGGAUUGGAAGGUGGAAAAUGAGUGGAAGAAGGGAAAAUACAACCUGGAAAAAGAAGGCAAAGAAAGGAAGGUAAAAGAACGAAAAAAUGAGUGGAAAAAAAUGGAUAAGAAUGGAGAGGGGAAGGAAGAUCAAUUUGGCAGAUCAGGUGAGGCCAAGCCAGGGAAGGUCACAGAGUUUAAGGAGAAAACUGAGAGAAAACCCUGGAUGGUGGAGAAUGAUUGGGAAAAGGGAAAACCUAAAAGAUGGAGUAAUGGAAAGGAAUGGGAGGGAAAAGAGAGAGAGAGCAAAAAUGGAAGGUGGAUUAAGGAUAAAGAGGAAGGGAAGGGAGAAGAGCAGAAAAAUCUAAAAGAUGACAAGUGGAAUAAGAGAAAAGAGGAGUGGAAGGGAAAAGUGGAGAAAAAUCUAAAGAAUGAAGGUAGGAAUAAGAGAAGUCAAGAGUGGAAGGAAAAAGAGACGGAUCUUAAGAAAGAUCGGGGGAAUAAGGAAAAACAGGAGCGGAAGGCAGAAAAGGAAUGGAAGAAAGGUAAGGAUGACAAAGACGGUGGCAAAGAAUGGAAGAAAAAGGAAUGGAAAGGAGAGAGAGCCUGGAAAAAGAGUGAGCGGAAUGAGGGGUGGAACGCUGGGGACGGGAAGAAGGGCACAUUGAAUGAGAAAUAUGAGAAGGAGCACCGACAACACUCCCCAGAAGGGCAGAAAGAAAGGUGGAGAAGAGAGAAGGGCCCCUCCCAAAGCCAUCGUCCACCCCCACUGGAGCACCCGGAGUACUGGAGCCACCAGAGGAAGCGACUGCACCACCAACUCAACCCUGCAACCCACUGCAACUCCGUGGACGUCUGUGCCCAGGCGGAGGGGCUGCAACCUGUCACCAUGCCGGAGUUCCAGGAGCUUCUCCUUGAUUUCCUGGCCAAGGCAGAGGGGCAUGGGGUUGAGCCCGCCAAGACCGAGGAGCUCAGCAAGCUAAUGGCAGAGUUCUUCAGAGACGGAGUGUUCAUUCAUGACCAGUUGAGCUUUAGGGACUUUGUGGAGGAUGUGGACGACAUCUUGGAGGAUAUGGUGGGAGAGGACAACGAGGAGCUCGAGGAGGCAAUGGAUGGCUUUGAGGAGGAGGCGUUGAGCAAGUUUGCAAUGCCAGGAGGGGGAGGGAGGGUGAAGGUGACGAGCGGCAGAGGACAAGCAUGAUGGCAUGGGAGGGGAGGAAAUGAUGGACGGAGAAGGUCAGGGGUAUGAAAGGGGGAGCAAUAAAUUAGGAUGAAAACACUCAUAUGCAUGUGCAAACAAAUCCAAAUUGUUCACUCUUGUCUACUUAUGUCUUAAAUAUUAAUCAAUAGAUAAUCUGUUUUCUCAAGGCCGUUAUUGGCAACAGCAAUGAACACGUCGUUUUAUUUCAACAGUUUGGAUAUAUUACACAGACAAACAGACAGACAGACAGGCUGUAGAACAAAUUGGUGAAGUUGCUGAUGGGGCUAAAGGGAUGUUAUGAGGUCAGAGGGUGGUAUUGGGGAAACGCUGUGUACCUAGCAGUAGCUUGUCUGUCAGUGACCAAUCCUAAAUCAAAUCCGUAGUCUCUUACAGUAACCAAGCACAUAGAAACCCAUACCACCCAGAGCCACUAGCCUAAAAUAUCCAUGUUACACUUGAGUUUAUUUCAUAAUGAGGAGUGGAUUUUUUUCAGCUGCUGUAGAUGACACAAGUCUUUUCACUGGCAGCUUGAGGCAUUGUUAGUUUUCAUAGAUGUCCGACUUCUGUUAAUUUUUGUUAACUUAAUUAUAUUAUAAAUCUUUUUGUCUGAGUAUUUUUUUGAUGAGUAUAUUGGUAGAGUACAACUGGUGAGAAGUGAAUGUAGUUAUAUUAAUACAGGUCUUUAUUUCAGUUCAGUGAUCAACGCACUGUAAGAGGGGCACUAACACGUAUUGUACAUUUACAUAUUAAAAAUCAAGGUUUUUAGAAAUGUUAUAAGGUCCCUUUUGGAUGAAGAUGAAAUGGAACUGAUAUCAUGAUGCAAUAUGUUCAUAUUUAAGUGUUUGUUUCAGGAAAGGAAUGUAGAUUUAAUGAUUAGACAGCUAGUAUAGGACUGUACAUAUGUUCUGUCUAAUGUUAUGAUUAGACGGUAUACAUGUACAGCCCUACCUUGUGCUUUGCAAAAUGGUCACUAGAAUUUAAGUCACACAAGACAUUUUCUUAAUUUCUUAAAUUAAAUAUGAAUUUUUACCAUAACAUCUUAUUAAAUAGCAGUUAAAAACCAGAGGACGCAGGACUUUAAUUCUUACAUUAGAACUGUAAAACCGGAUGAUUGAGAAGCACAUCUCCACUUAUUAAAAUUACUUGAAUGAAUAUUCCAGCUGAAUCCCAUUUUUGCUUAUGCCAGUAACUGUAGCAUGUAUGCCUGAAAUUUGCCAAUGUUCUUGUAUUGAAAGCAAUAUAAUAAAUUACACUCCUGAAGA